AAUUUUGGAGUAGCUUUUGAAACCUCGGAAAAUUAUCCGAUUACGUCCUUGGGAUGGUUUCUUUGUACAUAUCUCAAAUAUAUGCUACCAAAUCUACGCUGUCCUAUUGGACUGAUAAUAUCCUCUAUCACGCCGUUGGAUUGGUUCAGGUCGUGCCACGGCACGAGGACCACCUUCGCUGGGGCCCCGUGUGCGCUUCCUUCCAGUAUUCCUACCCCCUCAUAACUGAACAUAACAUAACAGAAACAGAAACAGAAACAGAGGACAACAACAGAGGACAGCAGCAACCGGCAAGCAGUGAUUGCCUGACGAGACCGGGAGGGAGCGGGAAAUGAGAUAAAACGCACCAAAGACAGAAUUUCCAUGUCCAUGUCCCUGUCCACUUCCACUACCGUGCCAGUCUUCCCUUUACCGUUGCCCCCAUCCCAACCUCAGCCUCAUGCCAUCAUCCAAUUCCACCGCUCCCAGAGACCACUUAAGUCCUCCUCCCUUCAACUUCACCUCCAGACCUCCUCCGACACCGACGCCCUCCUCCCUGCUGCAGUCAGCAUCCCGUCUCCAUCUGCAUCUGCAUCUCCCUCUCCCUCUCCCUCAGCUUCUUCAUGGAUCGAAUCCCUCCGCUCCAAAACCCGGUCCAAUCUCUUCAAGGAGGCCGUUUCCACCUACAUCUGUAUGACCACCGCCGGCAUCCCACCGGACAACUUCGCCUUCCCGGCUGUCCUGAAGGCGGCCGCAGCCCUUCAGGACCUUCAUCUGGGGAAGCAGCUUCACGCCCAAGCUCUCAAGCUGGGAUACGCAUCAUCCUCUGUCACCGUGUCCAAUACCCUCAUACACUUCUAUGGCAAAUGCGGUGACAUUGGAGAUGCAUCUCAGGCGUUUGAUAGAAUAUCCAACCGGGACCAGGUCUCCUGGAAUUCGAUGAUCGCUGCAGCCUGCCGUUUUGAGGACUGGGGACUCGCAAUUCAGCUGUUCCGGUCCAUGAUGACAUCGGGGGACGCUGAGCCCAGUUCGUUUACUCUGGUGAGCUUGGCACUUGCAUGCUCCAACUUAAGCAAGCUCGUUGGCUUCCUGCUCGGGAAGCAGGUCCAUGCCUAUAGCUUGAGAAACGGGCAUUCAGAGACCUUCACAGUCAAUGCUCUAAUUGCCAUGUAUGCUAAACUUGGCCGGGUGGAUGACUGCAUAGCUUUAUUCAAAUCAUUUGAGGACCGGGAUCUCGUUUCUUGGAACACCGUGAUAAGCUCACUGUCCCAGAACAAACGGUACCUGGAGGCACUGCUGUGUCUGCACCACAUGGUUCUUGACGGAACUAAACCAGAUGCGGUCACGAUUGCCAGCAUACUUCCUGCAUGUUCCCAACUACAGAUGUUUGAUAAAGGGAGAGAGAUCCACGCUCAAGCCCUGAAAGAUGAAGAAAUAAUUCAGAAUUCGUUCGUCGCGAGCGCACUGGUCGACAUGUAUUCCAAUUGUCGGCGUGUUGACAGUGCCCGCCAUAUUUUUGACAGCACAUCAGAUCGUAAAAUUGGACUUUGGAAUGCGAUGAUUGCUGGUUAUGCCCAGAAUGAGCAUGAGCAUGAUGCGCUGAAGUUCUUCAUCGAGAUGGAGACAGUGGCGGGGCUUCAUUCGAAUGCUACCACCAUGGCCAGCGUGUUGCCCGCUUGUGUGUGCUCUGAAGCAUUCUCUGUCAAAGAAAGCAUCCAUGGGCAUGUUGUCAAGAAAGGCUUGGAAAGGGAUAGGUAUGUGCAGAAUGCUCUCAUGGACAUGUAUGCGAGGAUGGGGAGGUUGGACAUUGCAGAAGCUAUUUUUGAGGAAAUGCAAGUAAAGGAUAUAGUCUCCUGGAACACAAUGAUCACUGCUUAUGUCCUCCGUGAGUGCCAUGAUAAGGCGCUGUUUCUCUUAAGCCAGAUUCAAGUAGUAGAAGAAGAUGCUAACUUCAAGGAGAAAGAUUGUGAUGGUGAAAGAGUUAAUCCUAGGGCAAAUGGAGUGACUCUGAUGACAGUCCUCCCAGGCUGUGCUGCACUUGCAGCCUUAUCAAAGGGGAAAGAGAUCCAUGGCUAUGCAAUCAGGAGCAUGUUAGCAUCAGAUGUUGCAGUAGGAAGUGCUCUGGUCGAUAUGUAUGCUAAAUGCGGCCUCUUGAACCUAUCUAGGAGGGCAUUUGACCAAAUGCCCGUUAGAAAUGUGAUCACCUGGAAUGUUAUUAUUAUGGCAUAUGGAAUGCAUGGGAAAGGGGAGGCGGCCUUGCAAAUGUUCAAUAUAAUGGUAGAGGAAGCAUCCAGGGCCAAAGGAGCGGCAAAGCCUAAUGAAGUCACCUUUAUCGCAGUAUUUGCUGCAUGCAGUCACUCUGGAAUGGUAAAAGAAGGCUUGGACUUGUUUUACAAGAUGAAGGAUGACCACCAAGUCGAGUCCACACCAGAUCACUAUGCUUGCAUUGUUGACUUGCUUGGUCGAGCUGGUCAGGUGGAUGAAGCAUAUCGAAUUGUAAAGACAAUGCCUUCCGAAUUUGACAAGACAGGUGCCUGGAGCAGCUUGCUUGGUGCCUGUAGAAUUCACCAUAGUGUGGAGAUAGGAGAAAUUGCAGCCAUGAAUCUCCUAGAAAAAGAGCCUAACGUGGCCAGUCAUUAUGUGCUAUUAUCCAAUAUCUACUCUUCUGCUGGGUUUUGGGACAAGGCGAUGAAUGUUAGGAAGAAGAUGAAGGAAAUGGGUGUCAGGAAAGAACCCGGGUGCAGUUGGAUUGAGUUUGAUGACGAGUUCCACAAAUUCAUUGCAGGGGACUCAUUGCAUCCGCAGAGUGAGCAGCUGCAUCAGUUUCUAGACACCUUGUCGGACAGGAUGAGGAAAGAAGGGUAUGUCCCCGAUACUUCCUGUGUACUUCACAAUGUUAAUGAAGAAGAAAAGGAGAGUCUACUCUGUGAACACAGCGAGAAGCUGGCAAUAGCUUUUGGCAUUCUCAAUACUUCCCCGGGAACUACCAUACGAGUUGCCAAGAACUUGAGGGUUUGCAACGAUUGUCAUGCCGCCACCAAGUUCAUCUCUAAGAUAGAAAACAGGGAGAUUGUUCUGAGAGAUGUCAGGAGGUUCCAUCAUUUCAAAGAGGGAAGAUGUUCUUGCAGCGAUUACUGGUGAAAAUAGUAUUCUUUGUCUUGUAUUCGACAACACAGCAAAAUUGUUGAAAGAUCCUACAUUUUGUUCAUAGUUC